AUGACUCUUCUCACGGAUGUACUGGAGAACCCUGGUUCCUCUCGCGCGCGCAGCGAUCUCGGGGCCACAAGAUCAUUCGCUGGCUUCCUACAGAGAUUUGAGAAGACAGAGGGGUGCGACUUGAAGCGCGUGCUGACCGCGUGUGCCAUGCUGCAAAGGACAGUGCAAUACGCAGUGGAUGAUGCUCAGAACACCAUGCGUGCCCAAAAUCUGGUGGGCGGCACUGGUGGCGGUAUCUCAUUGAUACCGGGGUUUGCGUUGAGCGAAGACGCGCAGGUAAGACAUCGCCCUGCAGUGAAUACCGAGCACUAUCUGAUUCUGUUUCAGGCUUUACAGUCGCUACUCGGUGCAACAACCCACCCGAUGUAUCUGGUGCAAGGACUCAUGGGAAAUCUACCAAACCGAGACCAGAGUCUUACUGUAAGACUGGCUCACCUGCUCGGAACUCCCUUUGAAGGAGGCAAGCCAGGCAGCCCGCUUGGGUCUCAGCCGCUACAGCCGGAGACGUACGGCUUCGGCUUUGGGCAAGGGCAAGCUGGCAACGACCCGACAGCUAAUUGGUCUUGA